GGCGGAGUUGGGGCGACAUUGCUGGUUUAGGAAGUGGUUUCGGUGCCCUCAUCCAACAUGGUGGGAUUUUGUGCUGGCCCUUUUGUCUUCCUCUGAUCCAGCUACUCCAUAGACUAAAGAUCAAUGGCGGCGACAAUGGCGUUUUCUCAAAGAUUCCACAAGUUGCUGAUACAGCAUCUGACAGCCCCCACCAAGCUGGGUUUCAACGUUAGUUUUUGCCCCCUGAGUUCUUCUGCACAACAAGCUUCCAGAGGAUAUCCCUGUGAGGCCUCAGACCACAACUAUGAGUCUCUUAGGGUGACAUCUGCCCAAAAGCACAUUCUCCAUGUGCAGCUAAACCGUCCAGAGAAGAGGAAUGCUAUGAACAGAGCCUUCUGGAGGGAAAUGGUGGAAUGCUUUGAAAAGAUAGCAAAAGAUCCUGACUGUCGGGCUGUUGUGAUCUCCGGUGCAGGCAAAAUGUUCUCAACAGGUCUUGACCUCAUAGACAUGGCACCAGAAUUCAUGCAGCCCCAAGGAGAUGAUGUGGCUCGCAUCAGCUGGAAACUCCGUGACCUUAUCAGCAGAUACCAGAAGACCUUCACUGUCAUUGAGAAGUGCCCCAAGCCAGUGAUUUCUGUUAUUCAUGGAGGCUGCAUUGGUGGAGGUGUGGACCUCAUCACAGCCUGUGACAUCCGGUACUGUGCUCAGGAUGCUUACUUCCAGGUCAAGGAGGUAGAUGUGGGCUUGGCUGCUGAUGUGGGAACACUGCAGCGACUGCCCAAGAUCAUCGGGAACCAGAGUCUAGUCAAUGAGCUGGUCUUCACCGCCCGCAAAAUGAUGGCUGACGAGGCCCUGGUCAGUGGGCUUGUCAGCCGCGUGUUCCAGGACAAGGAUGUGGCGCUGGACGCUGCCUUUGCCCUGGCAGCUGAGAUUUCCAGCAAGAGCCCUGUGGCUGUGCAGAGCUCAAAAAUCAAUCUACUGUACUCCCGCGACCAUCCUGUGGAUGAGAGCCUCCAAUACAUGGCCUCCUGGAACAUGAGUAUGCUACAGACCCAGGACAUCAGCAAGUCCAUCCAGGCCACGAUGGAGAAGAAGGACAUGAAAAGUGUUACCUUUUCCAAGCUCUGAGAACAUUUUGGGUACCUGCCUGGCCCAGGUGUCAGCUUUUGUGCCUGUUUCCUUACCUUGCAGAGAGGAAGAAUCUAUGAAGAUAGUUAUUUUGCUCUGGCCUUCUCAAUCUCUUAGUUUAUAACUUUAUGACAGUCCUUCAAUAUAUGCUUACUUUCAGUGGAACAAUAAAGCUUUCUAAACAGU